AUGAGAUAUACCGGCCUGUUCUGCCUUGGGUUCUUGCUUCCAAUUGCUUCUGCCCUCGGCGAUUGGGACCCGAAUGUCCAAACUGUGACCAUCCAACUCGCCAACGAUCAUUCUGGAGCCAACGCCAACAAGUGUAUCCCGGUCGACGGCAAAAAGUACCCCGUCAGCUCUUUCUGGGGCAACACCGCACUCUCCCAACACGGGGGAAUCUACGCCACGAGCGGCCAGCUCGUCGCUUUCAAGCAGAACACAGCCUGUACCAUCGAAUGUCCCCACGGUGAUUUGGGAUUCAACUCCAGAAAGACUUGGCUGUCCUUCGCACAAGGACAGGUUGUGAACUUGCAGGACGCUAAAGUCUCGUGUCAAGAGAAGAAGUGA